GCGAGGUCCGUCUCUUACCUCCAUCAUGUUCCGGAUAUCUCGUUUGCCUACGUUCGCGGUCUCGCACGGUCAUCUGCCGACCUCGCAGUCACCCAUUACUCCGAAGCUGCAGUUCUUCAACUCCGUUAUGGAGGACGGGAAGCAGAUACCCACUUAUCGCGUCCUGGAUGGCACUGGGAAGGUCAUUGAAGGCGCACAGUUGCCAGAUAUUGACGAGGAUUUUGCACGGAGGAUAUAUCAGAAUAUGGUCAAGCUGCCCAUUAUUGACACGCUCCUUUACAACGUUCAAAGACAGGGCAAGAUAUCUUUCUACAUGACCGCCUAUGGUGAAGAGGCCGCCAUCCUGGGGUCUGCAGCUGCUCUCGCAGCAGACGACGAGAUCUUAGGUCAAUACCGUGAAAUGGGCGCGCUUCUCUGGCGUGGCUUCUCCUACGAUGAGGUUAUGGCUCAAUGCUUUGGCAACUGCGAAGACACCGGUACGAAGGGCAAGCAGAUGCCCGUGCAUUUUGGUUCGCGAAAGUACCACUACCACACUAUCUCCUCUCCAUUAGCGACACAGAUCCCACAGGCGGCAGGUGUGGCAUAUGCGCUCAAGCGCGAUCCUUCCCGACGGGGUCGCAACUGUGCGGCAGUAUACUUCGGCGAAGGCGCAGCAUCUGAAGGCGAUUUUCACGCUGGCAUGCUUCUUGCGUCUACCAUUCCUAGCCCAACGCUUUUCAUCGCCCGAAACAACGGUUUUGCAAUUUCAACUCCCGCUUCUGAGCAAUAUCACGGUGAUGGCAUAGCUGCUCGAGGACCAGGUUACGGUGUGCAGACCAUCCGUGUUGAUGGUAAUGACGUCCUUGCCGUACUCGCCGCCGUAAGAGAAGCCAGGAAGCUCUGUCUCGAGGAAGGGCGCGGUGUCCUCGUCGAAGCGAUGACUUACCGUGUUGGGCAUCACUCGACGUCGGACGACUCGUUUGCUUACCGCCCAAGACAAGAAGUCGAGGACAGAAAACGCGUCGACAACCCCAUUGCGCGUUUCCGUCUAUUCCUGGAGUCUCAGGGCUGGUGGAACGCUGAGCAGGAGGAGUCGUACAAGGCCGAAGUCAAGAAAGAAGUUAUGCAGGCAUUCAAGCGUGCUGAGAAUCUACCCCGUCUCGAGUUGCAAGAGAUGUUCACCGACGUCUACGGUGGCGAUGAGCCUUGGAACAUCAAGGAACAGCGGGAAGAGCUGAAGGCAUUGCUAAAGAAGUACGGCAACACCUGGGAACCGUGGAAGGCAGAGCUUAAGAAGUACCGAGGCGAAGGUAAAGAGCUGCUAGAAGCCUGAGGUUGCCGCGUGCCUCAGGUAUUCUGACUGUACAGUAGUGUUCCGCAUAGUUUCGCUGCGAAAGCGAGUCCUGUAUAUCUCUCAGCUAUCUUACUAGUCGGCAUGACAGCCGUACUGUCGUGUACAUAUUUGUAUCAAUGCGACCCUCGCGUCGCCAGCUCGCGUUGUCAUACAAGUACUGUUCUUGGUGUCCUGCCUGCUAUCAUGGAUG